UGUAUUUUUUAUUUUGUGUGCAUUACAGAAGAUGCCAAGCUACGUGGUCCAUACCGAGGCAACGUUGGAUGCCAAGAGAUGUACAUAGAGGAAAUGAUGUUGAGCUGAAGAAGCAGAGAAUGCGGAAGAACACAGGAAGUAUUCUGAAAGCAGUGAGAAGGUUGAAGGUUAGUGGACUGACAUGUUGUAGCAGACAUCAGAUGAGAACAAAUUUGAGAUACCAUCAUCUGAAGUGUACAUGGAGGAAGCAUCUGUUGAGUCAUGCAGUGAAGGUGUUCCUUGCACAGAAGAUUACAUUCAAGUUUCAACAGUGAAUGGAAACGAAGAAAUCAGUAUGGACAUCAGGACAGUGAAGGAAGAAGUUUGGUCAAAUGUGUAUCAUCAUGGCAAGAUCAUGUUCAUUUCUCAAGUUGUGUACUCAAGAGACGUACAUUAUGUGCAAGAUGGAAUUAUGUCAUUCAUGAAGUCAUCAACUACAAAUCCACAUGUUUUCUGCCAGUUGCCUGUGUGCUUUCCAACAGCAUCACUCUGUAUGCCAGUAUUUGAACAUGGUUCAGGGAAAUAUGCUGACUCUGUAGCAGAUAAAAUGAAGUGGUGCCAGCCUUUCUGCUAUCGCUCUGUUAGCAACAUCCAGCCUUAUGUCAUACAAGAUGAAGUUACUCUGUAAUUCUACGCUCUCAGCCACUAUUGCGAGGCCUAAUUGUCAUAUGGUUUAACCUAACAACCUUUGUGUAUGCUGGGACCUCCAAGAAGCGUGAAAUGUACAUAGACACUCUUUCUACGAAUCUAUGUUUAAAGCAACACUGAGUGAUCACAAAUGUAUCACUAAAUACAGUGCUUUGGAGAAAAAGUGAGUCUGGAAUCAUGCACUGAAAGAGCUUGUUGCCUGCAUGAGAUGAAUGACUGCAAGUGACAUGCAUGUUUAGGUUAAAUCCAUUAUUUGGUACCUGAUUGGUAAAACUGUUAUCUUUCAGUUCCUCAACUACGGUGCAGAAAGCAACUAAAAGAUAUCAGAGUUAUGGAACAUAAUCAUGUUGAAUUUGUAUAAAUACAAAUUCAACAUGAUUAUCGUAAAUUUACGAUAAUACAAGUACGUGUUACGUGUAAAAUACCACUGGCAGUGUACAACUGUACAUCUAUGUUUGUAUGACCACGUUUAGUUUUAGUUCGAUUGUUAAAAUGGGGAGGGGGGGGGCUUUGUGUACUUAGAUAAUUUCUUGUGGCAUGCCGUUUCUAAAAAUCUGAAGGUUUUUCUGCAUUCUAGAGUUUGUUUUGGGGAACAGUUUUCCCUCUUCAAUAUUUUAGCUGUCGAUGUGUAGUCUUCAUGUUAUCCAUCAAAACACUUUAUAAAGGCUCAGUAAUGUUUAUCAGGGACAGUUUCUAUGCACUUAUAUUACUUUUAGAUGAAAUUUGUCUUUUCCAGCGUUUUUUAAAUGUGUUAAGAAAUUAGCUAUAUUGUCAAUUGUUAAGGACUUUGACAUCUAUCAAGUAUCAUGUAGACAUUUUAAUCUUGGUCAAUUAUAUUUAAAGCCAUUGUCACAUAUAUGCCCUUUCCAAUGUAGCAACCAACAAGCCGUCAGCCAAGCAUGUUCAAAAAUAAAAUACUUGACAAAGACAAAGUUCAAUUUGAUUUUUAUUUGGGGGGGGGGGGGUUGGAGUGUUGUGAGUGUUAUGCAUGCUAGUAGAGAUGGGCUGACUGUUAAGCAAGUAAAUAUACACAAGCUUUACUUAUAUUGUGAGUAAUCCUUUACAUUUCCAAAAGAAUCGACAAUUGCAAAGGAUAUCAGAUAUGGUAAGGAUAAGUAGGACUCUCAACAUCAGCCUUGCAAUUUAUAGUCCAUGCUCUUUUCUCAGGGACAGAUUGUAUGCACUUAUCUUAAUUUUAGAUGAAAUUUGUCUUUUCCACCGUUUUUUAAGUGUUAAGAAAUAGCUAUAUUGUCAUUGUCGAGCAGUUUGAUAGUACAUGUUCAAAAAAGUGACAACAUCUAUCAUGUAGACAUUUUAAUUAUUGGUAUUUUGGUCAAUUGUAUUUAAAGCCAUUAUCACAUAUAUGCCUUGUAGCUCCCAACAAGUCAUCAACCAAGCCCGUUUUUCAAUAAACUACUUUACAAAGAAUAAGUCAAAUUUGACUUGCAUUUUUGUCGAAGUCAAUGUUCCUUUUUUUGGGGGGGGGGGCGGUUGGAGUGUAAUGAGACUAAUCAUCUGAGUACGCACUCAUUUGAAUAAAUAAUAUGAUGGUAUGAAGUUUCAAUAACAUGUUACUGCAGUCAUUUUGUUAAACAAAAAACACUUUGUGCAACAGGUUUGACAUUUGUUUUUCCGCAUUAUGUUUUUUUUAGUUGAAGCAAGGUCUUUAUGUUUGAAUGCAUUACCAUUAUUUUAUGCGCUGUUGUUGUUUUUGUUAUUUAGAUUUAGGACUUGAAGAAUGUACACCGUUAUUAAGAUGAUGCACUGGGACC